AUGCAUCCUCUCAGGUUGUUCAUCGCCGCGUUGGCGCCUGCGACUCUCAUCAAUGGUCUGGCCCCCCGAGGCAAUCAUGGACUAGACUACGGCUCCGCCCCGAACCGCACUAUCGUGUCACUUGUUCACGUGAAGCGCGAUGUUCCAAUAGCCGCUCGAGAUAUCGAAGAAGCUGGUCAACACGGUGUCGAUCUCAACAAAAUGUACAAACACUCCAUCCUAAAGCACUUUGAUGGUAGUGACUACACUGUCUGGGUCCACAACUCAUUUGACCCCAAUGUCAAGGAUCAUGAGAAGGGAGCAAAUGACACCGCUGCGUUGGGGAAGCGCUGGCAGAGGGAUGGAACCACUAAGCACAGGAUGCCCAACAGGUUUCGGUUGGCCAACCGAACGGAUACUUGCGAAAAGUCAGACUGGAAAGUGCGAACUGACAAGCACUCGGCAUUCUCUAACGGAGCUGAUGCCAUUGUUGAAUGGACUUACCACAACAAGGGUGCCUGGAGACUUGCACCUGAGGACGCCUUCUACAGCACCGAUCUUCUGAUAAGCGGUACUAACACGGGUUCUAACAUGAGAUUCUCAGUCCGAAAGGAAGCAGGACGUGUUGUGGUCCUCGGGACUAAGGAUGUCCGUGACGUCACAAAUGGAGCCAUUCAUCGAUUCACGAGGAAGAUCAAAGGUGUGUUACGUCUGGCUGGCAAGGGAAAGAUGAAGUGCUGGGAUGAGAGCGAAGGCGAAAACAUGCUUUGGUGGGAGUUUGACCGAAGUGAUCGGGACAUCGAGCCUUAA